CAGCCAGCUACCUCCAACAUCAGACUCCAAGACAACACCAUGGAUCUCCACGGCAAGCUGCAGGCCGCCUGGGGCCAUAUCAUAUCAACAUACAAGCCAGGCACAAUCGAACUGACGGGGGUGAUUCUAACCCAAGUCAUCGGAUUCAUCAUCCCAGCAACACUCUACAUUUUGAUCGACACCAUAUUCCCAAAAUUCUCGCGGCGCCACAAAAUCCAAGAUGCCCGCCGCCAACCAACUCGCCAGCAAGUGCUGCACUGCGUCAAAGUGACACUAUUCAACCACGUCUGGGUAGUAGCCCUCCCUGGCCUUCUGAUCUGGUUCACCGGCCUAGACCACGCAACUAUGAACCUGGAUCCAACCGUACCGCCCUGGACAGACUUCAUCAUCGACUUCGUGUUCGGCCUCCUAGCAAGGGAAGUCUCCUUCUACUACAUCCACCGCGCACUGCACCAUCCAAGCAUCUACGUCUACAUCCAUAAGAUGCACCAUAAAUACGUCACGCCGGUAGCAUUCGCAGCCGAGUACGCCCAUCCGGUGGAACAUAUCCUCGCAAACGUCCUGCCGAUUACGCUGCCGUUGUAUCUGAAAGGUGCGCACUCCCUGUCAAUCAUGGGCUUUGUUGUCUUUGAGCUCUGGGAGGCUGCGGCGGAUCAUAGCGGAUAUGACUUUUUGAAAUUGCCACCGGCGGAACUGCAUGAUUUGCAUCAUGAGAAGUUCCGGGUUAAUUAUGGGACUAUUGGGUUGAUGGACUGGAUUCAUGGGACGGAUGUGGUGGGGUGGGAUAGACCGAAGAAGGUCAAGAAGGUGAAGAUUGCUGAAUGAUUGAAGGCUCGUGCUACGAAUGUAUACUAGGACUUUCUAGAUAUAUAUUGGC